GUUAGCUGUUAUAAAAGUUUUUUACAUGUCUAAUCCUAAAUUGUAGAGCAAAUUACUAAAAGUAACCUCUCUCCUUGACAAAAGAUUUACACCUGAAAACACAAAGGUGCUAUCAAAAUGGCCAGGCUUACACUUCUUGCAGGUUUGUGCUUGGUUCUGUGUCACUUUGCAACCUCCAGGCAACUGGUGUGCUAUUUUACUAACUGGUCUCAAUACCGACCUGGAACUGGGAAGUACAUGCCUGCUAAUGUAGAUCCCUUUUUGUGUACACAUCUGAUUUAUGCCUUUUCUAUGAUUAACCAUGCCAAUGAGCUUGUCACUUAUGAAUGGAAUGAUGAAACCCUCUACCAGUCCUUCAAUGCUUUAAAGAAAACUAACCCUCACCUUAAAACUCUUUUGGCUGUUGGUGGAUGGAAUUUUGGCUCAACUCAGUUUUCCAUUACUGUCUCCUCACCUGCCAACCGUCAAAAGUUCAUUCAGUCGACUAUUGCAUUCUUAAGGAAAUAUGGAUUUGAUGGCCUGGACUUGGAUUGGGAAUACCCAGGUUCCAGAGGUAGCCCUCCUGAAGACAAACAGAGAUUUACUUUAUUGUGCAAGGAAUUGUUGGAAGCUUAUGAGGCAGAAGGUAAAGCUACAGGUCUGCCUAGACUCAUGGUUACUGCUGCUGUAUCCGCUGGCAAAGGGACAAUUGAUGCUGGAUAUGAAAUAGCAAAGAUUGCAAACUAUCUUGACUUCAUCAAUGUGAUGACCUAUGACUUCCAUGGAACUUGGGAGAGCUUCACAGGACACAACAGCCCCCUGUAUAGGGGAUCUCAAGACUAUGGGGAUCUUGUUUACUUCAACACUGAUUAUGCAAUGAAAUAUUGGCGGGACAAUGGUACCCCUCUGGAAAAACUAAGGAUGGGAUUUGCCACAUAUGGUCGUACAUUCCGCCUCAGUUCUUCAGCUACUGGAGUGGGAGCUCCAGCAAGUGGACCAGCCUCUGCUGGACCUUAUACCAGGGAGGCUGGCUUCUGGUCCUACUAUGAGAUCUGUGGAUUCCUUCAGGGAACAAAACUUGAGUGGAUUGAGGAUCAGAGAGUACCAUAUGCUUCAAAGGGUGGUGAAUGGGUCGGCUUUGACACCAGGGAAAGCUAUGAGAUCAAGGUAAAGUAUUUGCAAGACAACAAGUUUGGGGGGGCUUUUGUUUGGGCUCUGGAUCUGGAUGACUUUGCUGGUGAGUUCUGUGGGCAAGGAAAGCAUCCUCUUAUGGGUCACUUACGCAAGCUCCUGGAUAUUGAUAUGCCUACACCACCUCCUACCACUACCCCCAAACCUGGUCCAUCGACCUCUCCAAAACCAACCACAACAACCACAACUACCACAACUACCACACAUGAGCCUGGAACUGGAUUCUGUGUUGGAAAGCCUGAUGGCCUUUAUCUUCACGAGGAAGACCCAAAUAAAUUCUAUGACUGUGCUGGAGGUAAAACAUUUGAAAGGAGGUGUGGAGAUGGAACAGUGUUUGAUGACACAUGCAAGUGCUGUUCCUGGGCUAAGCCUUAAAUACAAUAGCAUGUUUUAUUCUGAGAAAGAGAAACACCACUUUUCAAUAUUAGAAACUAAUAUAAGGAAGAAUUCCUGAAACAAUUGUGAUAAAAUCUUUGAUUAAAAGAACAAAUUGUGAAUAAUCUUAUUUUAGCUUCAGAAAACUAAGAAAACUGUUGUAUAUGGACCUUGUAUUUUAUAUAAUUAUGUAUAUGUGCCCAGUGUUUCUUUUGAACAUUUUAAAUUCUUCUGUAGAUGUUCGUUAACACCAACAAGAAUCAUUACCUUAACAUUAAACAUCAAUAUUAUACAAAAUGUAAAAAAAAUAUGUUUGUACCAUAUUAAUUUGUCUAUUUUUUGAACAAUAAAACAAAUGUAUUGAAGCAAA